UUACAAGUUAGUGGUGAAGAAGAAAAGCACCGAUGGCGGAAGUGUCUGAAGGUUUUACUGGCUUGUUGUGAAAGACAGAGUCGUAUUUGAGGCAGUAUCAGGUGAACAAGCGUUGUAUUGGAUUUUAUAUAGGAUAUUUGUAGAGCAGUUGUAUGGUCGACGUAUCAGAUGUGUGCUCAGAUGUUUCUAAUCACCUAAUCUAAUCAACAGCCGGAAUCUGACUUCAGGUUUUGUUUUUUGUUUUUUCUGCAGAACCACUGACAUGAAAAUGAGCUGUUAUUAGAUGGCAGGCAGAAGAACUAGCUGUCUUAACAUUCAGUUUAAUAUUACUUAGUUAAUUUUUUAUUUUAGAGACAUGAAUUUGAAAAAAUUAUAUUAAUUUUUUUUUUUUACUUUACUUACUGAAUCCUAAUUUGGAGUUUAAACUCCCCCUGAAAUCAAAGUUGUUGCCAUUUUCAUCUCCUUCACUUCCAGCGACUUUGAUGACUCAUUUUUUGGUCCAGUUAAACGCUUUGUAGAAGGUUCUCAGCUUUCUAGUCCAUGACCAGACCUCAAAAUGAGACAAAGAAGGAGAGGUGAUGUCCGGUCUCCUGUGCCCUCUCCAUCUGACGCACAGCCCUUCAGUCCUCACACACACUCAUCCGCAGAGAUCCCUCCUGACACACACUCCUCCAGCACUUCCAGAUGUCAUGGAUAUCUGCAGAGCGGAAAGCACAGCAUUUGCAUGGUGUCCGACUUCUUUUACCCCAACAUGGGUGGCGUGGAGAGCCACAUCUACCAGCUGUCACAGUGCCUCAUAGAGAAGGGCCAUAAGGUGGUGAUAGUAACACAUGCCUAUGGCGAACGGCGUGGAGUGCGCUACCUCACCAAUGGACUGAAGGUGUACUACCUCCCACUUCAGGUGAUGUAUAACCAAUCCACAGCCACCACCUGCUUCCACAGCCUGCCACUGCUCAGAUGUGUGUUUGUGCGUGAGCGUAUCACUGUGGUGCAUGCUCACAGCUCCUUCUCAGCCAUGGCCCAUGAUGCUCUGUUCCAUGCCAAGACCAUGGGUCUCAACACUGUGUUCACUGACCACUCGCUCUUUGGAUUUGCUGACCUCAGCUCUGUGCUGACCAAUAAACUGCUUACUGUGUCUUUGUGCGACACCAACCACAUCGUAUGUGUGUCCUACACCAGCAAAGAGAACACUGUACUGAGGGCCGCCCUCGACCCCGACAUCGUUUCUGUCAUCCCCAAUGCGGUCGACCCCACCGAUUUCACACCUGACCCCAGUCGCCGUGACAAUAGCAAGAUAACCAUUGUCGUAGUAAGCCGGUUGGUCUACAGGAAAGGAAUUGACCUCCUGGGUGGAAUCAUUCCAGAGCUGUGUGCCAAGAAUCCAGAUCUCUGCUUUCUGAUUGGUGGAGAAGGUCCUAAGCGCCUUGUUCUAGAAGAAGUUAGAGAGAAAUAUCAGCUUCAUGACAGGGUACGUCUUCUGGGGGCUCUGGAUCACAAGGACGUACGGGACGUGCUGGUGCAAGGUCAUAUCUUCCUGAACACAUCACUAACUGAAGCUUUCUGCAUGGCCAUAGUAGAGGGAGCCAGCUGUGGCCUGCAGGUGGUAAGCACUCGUGUUGGAGGUAUACCAGAGGUUCUCCCCGAUGAGUUGGUGACCCUGUGUGAGCCGACAGUCAGCUCCCUUUGUGUUGGCUUGGAAAAGGUCAUCGCCAGGCAACGUGCAGGCAAAGUGCCCUCUCCUGCAGCCAUCCACCGCCAGGUCCAAACUCUCUACACCUGGAGAAACGUCGCUGAGCGCACAGAAAAGGUGUACGACCGUGCGUGCAGGCAGCCAGUCCUGCCCUUACCUUCUCGACUGCAGAGGCUGCGCUCUCACUGUGGUGCUGUCGCUGGCUCUAUAUUCUCCUUUGUAGCUGUCAUCGACUUCCUCUUCCUUCUAUUCCUGCAGUGGCUCUGCCCGAAUGACCUCAUUGAUAUUGCUGUAGACGCGUCUGGGCCAGGUGGUCGUUGGGGACGGGGCUUUGGGAAGGAAGAGAGUAAAGACCCGAAUGCAGCAUAGCAUGCUGUUACGGAUACAAGACGGUUAAAGUGUUAACAUGUAGUCAGGAUUCUGAUAUUUGGGACCAUGUUUUAACCUCCAGAGAUUCUAAACAGGUGCACUGAAUUUACCUGUUUACAUUCCAGUGAAGGGCAUCAGUGCAGCUGUGAUGAACUACUUUAUUCCACGAAAAGUCUGUAGUAGUUAUGGUUUUAGUCAAAAAGACUCACUGCAUCCAUCCUGAUUUAUUGAAACACUGUAACAUGCAGUUGUCCUUUUGUUGUAAAUACAGUCAGUGAUCAAUGGCCCACAUUUUUGUUUAUCUUGUAUAUAAUUAUUUGUUAACCUCCCAUAAGCCAAUAUAUGUAUUUUUCAUUCUGUUGUUUACAGGGAAUGUAUAUAAAUGAAUGAAUUUGUUAA